UUCAUUUACUAUCAGCUCAUUUUUCCAUUCCUCCACCCUAAAAGCUUCACGCUUUCUUUCGCUCGUCCCUCUCCUAACUCUUCAGCCGCCCCUCACUCCCUCGGUGUUACCCCAGUUUUUCACUUAUUGGGUUCUAUAGUUUAGGCUUGAAAAAUCCGACCGGAGAAAAAUCCUGAAAAAAAACAGACAGCACGAUGACGGUAACACCAACAACAACAACUAGUUCUGGGUCUGGAUGUGGAAGUGGGUGUCGUCUCUUUCUACCUUCGACAUAUCCUAGUCUGACACAAAACCGAACUUACAAUUACAAACCCAUAAAUAAUAAUAAUAAUAAUAAUAAUAUCCAUGUUUUUGGCUCCAUUACAUUCUCCCAAACCCCCAAGCCCAAAUUAGGCAGCCGCUGCCGCCGCCGCCGCCGCCUAUUGGCGGUUUCUCAAUUCGUGGAAGAUAGUUCUCAAUCCGAAGAACCCAACACCACGGAUGCAAAUAUUGACAUAAAACUUCCGAGAAGAAGUUUGCUUGUACAAUUUACUUGUGAUGUGUGUGGUGAAAGAACAGAGAGGCUCAUAAAUCGAUUAGCCUAUGAGCGCGGCCUUAUUUACAUACAGUGCGCAGGUUGUCUCCGUCAUCACAAAUUAGUUGACAACCUUGGCCUCGUGGUUGAGUAUGACUUACGGGGGGAAAUCAAUCCGGACUCAAAUACUGAUUAAGCUUGAUCUGUGCCAAUCAACUUGUUAUGCUAUUCUGAGUUAGAAGACAGAGUAUGCACCAAAGCAAUAUCAACCACUGGGUAGAGAGAUGCAGUUUUUAUCAUCUUAUGUAAUAUAUAGUUUUUCAGUAAUAUUUAGGGACCGUUUGUUUCAUUGAAUCUUAUAGCUUAUGAAAACCAAUUUGAAUAUCCAUAAGAUGAAUUCUUGCUGGGCUUCAAUCUAGCAUCAAGAUCCAAAUGGAAUCUAAAAGAGAAACUUAGAAAUGAAUUCUUGGAA